GCUGUCGUGACUGCAGGAAUUCAUAAGGGGAGAGCUAAAUUGUAGGUCAAAAAUGACGUCAUGGCGAGCUGCAUUGUAACUCAACAAUUACUCCAUUGCGAGCUACAUUGUAUCUCGACAAUAACGUCAUUUAAAACUCCAUUGUAGCUCAACAAUGACGUCAUUGCGAGCGACAUUCCAGCUCAGCUAUGACGUCUUCGCAAGCGCCAUCGUAGCUCGACAAUGACGUAAUCGCGAGCUCCAUCGUAUCUCGACACAAUUUCAAGCUACAUCGAAGCUCAACAAUGACGUCACGGAUAAUUCCCCCCCCCCCAUCCCCAUGACGUCACGAUCUGGCUCAGCCGUACGGAGUUGUUGGGGGAUGGGGGGGCGGAAGAUGGCGAGGGCCAUGUGGCUGCUGCUGACCGCCUCGUGCGUCGUGCUGGCGUGCGCGUGCGGGGUGAGCGUGGCGGCCGAUCCUCCUUAUCCCGACGACUGGCUGGACCCCAUGGACAUGGUCAACUACAACCCCACCACGCGCACCAUGCGCCGUGGAGAUGGCAAGACGGCGGGCACCGCGCAGGCCAAGGACGAGGUGCUGCAGAAGCUCCAGGACGAGUUGCUCUCCGUGGUGGACGAGCUGUCCUCCUGCCUCGCCCAGACGAGCGCGGCGGACGAGGACAAGCGAUGCCAUAACGAACUGCACGAGUGCCGUGGGCAGCGCGCGCCGGACCCGGACAGCCGCGCCCGCUCCACGCUCACUCGCUACCUGCGCCGCCUGCUCAAGGAGAUCGCGCGCGUCGGUCAGCCCAGCGACUCGGAGCCGGAGCUGCACUACGACGGGCACUUCGAGGUGCGUCUGGAGGACAUGCACGCGCUGGCCGCCUUCACCCUCGAGUCCAACGGCGGGGCCACCGCCACCGCCAGCGGGGAGUUCCCGGCGCACGCCGUCUCGGCGCUGCUGGAGAGGGCGCCCGUGCGUCUGCGCCAGCACGACCCCCAGCGCUGGCUCUGGAGCUUCGCCAACAGCUUCGGAGUGGAGGCGGCUACCGUCGCGUGGGUGUUGGUCGCGCUGCUGGCGGUCGUGAUGAUCGUCGCCACGGAGCUGUGGUCUUACGUGUCCUGGCUGACACAGAUGUGGAGGUUCAUGCUGGUCAUCUUCUUCCUCAGCAUCCCCUGGACCUGGCUUCACCUGUACAAGGUGGCGUUUGCCGAGCGGCAGGCGCGGCUCAUCUUGAACCCCCCGCCGGCCCAGUGCACGGGCAGCGAGCCCAGGAGCUGGCUCGACAGCCUCGCAGAGUGGAGCCGCCAGACCUUCACGCUGCAAGACGACCCCUGCUUCGCCUACCACCGUGACCUCAUCGUGGACCCCUUCUUGGAGGUGCCGCCCACCAAGGCUCUGAUGGUCACGCUGGUGACGUUUGUGCUGGAGCCAGCCAAGUACUUUGGACAGGCGCUGAGCGACUUCUUGCGAGCCACCUACCGCAACCUGCCCUUGCACCUGCAGCUGCUGGCCACCGUCAUCAUCAUGACCUGCAUCGCCGGCUUGUUCUGGUGCAUGGCUCAGGGCAGGGGGCAACCCAGGGUGAGGCUGCCCAUGCUGGAGGACGAGGAGCCGCAGGGGCCCAGAGGAGCGCCUAGGCUCGGGGGCCGGCCCCCGCCCAGGCUGAGGGCGGCACCCGGGGGCAGGGCCCGGCAGCGGGAGAUCGGCGCGAGGGGCGACCCGGGGGCCCAGGCGGAGGCCGAGGAGGAGCCUCCGUUGGAUGAGGAAGAGCGACCGGACGGAGGAGGAGGUGGAGGAGGAGGAGAUCGCGUGCAGGACGUGGAGCCGCAGGGCGCCGGUGUUGACGUGGCGGUGGUAGAGGAGGUCGCCUCCGGCUUUGUGAUCGUGGGCGCGCGGCAUCUCCCGCCCACAUCGCCCGCACGGCCGCACGGAGGAGACGCGGCGAGCGAAGGCGGGGGAAUGAACGAAUCAAGCAGCGGCAGCCGCGGCUAAAGAGUGAGCAGAGAAACACGGAGGAAGAGGGGGAGAGAAAGAGAGGGGGGUGAGUGUGUUGUAUUUUGAGUGUGACACGGGAGAGAGAGGGAAAAUGGAACGAGAGCGAAUGAGGCCUGGGGAGAGUGAAUGAGAAUGAAUGAUGGUGCGGAAACAAAAGUGGGAUAUAGAGCGAGUGGCCACUAGAAAACGAAAAGGAAGAGACGAAUGAAAGAGCGAGUGUUUUAUUGAGCGCCGGUGAGUGAUAGCAAGAGGGGGGCGGCCACGGUGGAGAGAUGUUUACUACCUCGCCCAUAUCUGAUCUGCUGGGUCAGCUCAGAUUUUAUUUUUUCCCGUCAGAAAAAUGCCAACAUUUGUUUAGUUUCGGUCACGUGACCAUGACCAGGCAGCACCACCGUCCGUCACCAGGGGCGACACACUGGGUACCGUACUGACAAACCAAGCGAAAUUGUAGGACCCCAAGCGGCUCGGGGGGGGCCCGCAAGUUCAUGGAAACACAUCCAUCUCGGAGAGAGACGCAACCUUAUGACUGCCCUCCGCCUGCGGCUUCGUGAAUAAGCGAACGAGAAGCGUGAAUGCGUGUAACUCGCAAGGUAUCCCGUGAAACGAACCCACAAAGACGCGUGCGACGAGGCACGUGGGCGGGCGGGCGGGCGGGCGGGCGAGCGAGCGAGCGAGCGUAACGUACAGCUUUGAAAGCCUGCCAACGCGAUCCGCACGCGUAACUUUCGGAGCGCCCCUUAUUUUGUACUUCGAGCCGGGAGCGGUCGUGAAACCCGUCAGCCGAUAACGAGCAGCGCCGGGGGGGGGGGGGGGGGGGGGGGGGGGGGGGGGACUCCCGCGUCAGCCACGUGGCUGACGCGAGAGGUGGACUUUGGGCUCGUGACGGCACCCCCCGGCGGGCUUUGGGAGGAACGGCGUUGAGUCCACCCGCCGUUUUUUUACGCGACCGUGGCUCUGCAAUAUUUUUUCUAAAAAGAGUAAAAUGAAGAGCUGUAAUCUUUGUAAAUUUGUCUGAUUGUAUAUGUAUUGUGUGUUAAAUAAAGAGAAAUGAGCUAAAAUGACGGCGUGCGAGCGUCGUGCGGUGUAAAGUUGCGAUGGUUUAGAAAGCACAGCGAAAGCACGGAUGCAAACAAGAAUUUAAAAACGAAACCGCUUGAAGCUUUUAUUUUACCAAGUGAAGCCCACUGAACUAUCAACUCUUUUUGAGAGGCCACACAUGAUGAUAACUCGUAACGAAUUGGCAAGUUUUGUUUACGUGACACAAACCCCUUACCAAUUGGCUGCGUCGGUUGAUCUUGGUGUGGUUUAACGACUCAUAUUUACUUCGAUCUAAGUCAAAAUAUGGUGGGGGGUGGUGUCGUUAGUGGAGCGAUCUUAACUCGCUGCCGAGCCGCGGUGAGUACUCGCGUGAAUGUGCCGUUAAACCCGCUACCACCACCCGACACAGCCUAUUAGUAAGGGGGUUUGUGUCGCGUUAACAAAACUUGCCAAUUCGUUGCUAGUACAGCACGUCGGUUGUGUGUUUGAGAGUACUCGGAUUUGAGAUGUUGUGGCUUUACACUCCAACACACAAGCGAUUAGUCCUGUACCGGUAACGAAUUGCCCACGUUUCGUUGACGUGACACGAACUCCCUUACUAACCGGCGGUGUCAGGAGGUGGUGGCGGGUUUAAUGACACAUUCACGCGAUCUGACCCAACGGCAGCCUCGCGGGUAAUAUUGGUAGCGAAAGCCUCCUACUACUACUACUCGUGUUAAAGUGCCACGCUUGUAAUAGGUUCCUCUUAAUAGUUCGGUAAGAUCGGGAUUGUAAAUAUGGGGAGUGGGUGGUGUCGUUAGUGGAGUGAUCUCAACUUGCUGCCGAGAGGCGGUGAAUACGGAUCGAGUCAUCCCACCCCACCAGCCAAUCGGUAGCCAGGAAUUCAUAAACAAGAAGCUAUUUUAAACACGUAAUAUUAGUCUUUCGCGACCGAUAUCCAUAAUAGAGGGGGGGGGGGUUUGUGUUAGAUUACGUAAAUAUAUAUGGGUGCUUCCAUAAGAAUUUUUUUUGGGGUUACAGAAUGUAAAUAUAGAUCGAUAUAUAU